GCUAUAUUGUGCACAACUUCGUGCGUAAACGCAUUUCCGGCGUCAGAUAUAUCUGCGCAGUCUAAAUUCCGGUUCAACAACGUGUUGUCGAUGUUGUUAUUCAAGAAAAUCGAUGUCGAUCGGGUUUUUUUUAUUGAUCUCCGUCUAAAAAUGGAAUAACGAAAAUAAUAUAAGACUGUGGAAUACGAUUAAUGAGAUAAACUAUAUCGUUCGAUUGUGACAAGUGUUUUACUGAUCGGUACUUGCUUCAUCGACACGAGAUUGUUUAUCUCCUCUCGCUUUAAAUAAAAUUCGGUUAUCGAUUUGCUUAUCUCUCAUCCCGUCUAUCUCCGAGGUAAGGACGAAAAUCUGGGUAAUUAGGGACUCGCGAAUAAUUUACGUGUCAUUGUUUAUCGUCGGUUUCGUUUUCCUCCUAUAAAUAUGCAUCGUGUCCGUUUGAAUGAUCUCGCGGCAAAAUUAUGGAGAAGAUCCAACGCGCUGACGAUCCAUCGGAGAUCGAUCGCCGGUCGAAAGACAUUUGUUUACGGAUUUGAGAUCGCGAUAGCCCGAAAAAAUGGAUUGCCGAUCGUGGCACUGGAAUCGACGAUUAUCACUCACGGCAUGCCGUACCCUGAUAAUUUAAACACCGCGCUUAAAGUCGAAGACGCGGUCAGGAAGCAAGGUGCUGUACCUGCAACAAUAGGAAUCAUAGAUGGAAAGGUACAUGUUGGCUUAAACAACGAACAGUUGGAGAUUCUAUCUAAAGCAGACUCUGCAAAAACUAUGAAAUGUUCACGCAGGGAUAUCUGUUUCAUUGCAUCGCAUGGAUUAAAUGGCGGUACAACUGUCAGUGCUACAAUGUUGAUUGCGCACACAGCAGAUAUUCCAAUAAUGGCAACAGGUGGUAUUGGUGGAGUUCAUAGAGGAGCUGAGAUAACUUUUGACAUAAGUACAGAUUUGAUUGAACUUGGACGUACACCAGUAGCAGUUGUCUGCUCUGGUGUUAAAUCUAUCUUGGAUAUUAGCAAGACCUUGGAAUAUUUGGAAACUCAAGGAAUACCAGUGAUAAAAAUUGGCAAAACACCAGAAUUUCCAGCUUUUUAUUGUUCUGAGACGUUGGAUAAAAUAAAAGCGCCAUAUAGAGUUUCCAAUGCUAAGAAAGCAGCUGAUAUUGUGGAGACGCAAAGAGCACUGGGCAUUAAUACAGGGAUAUUAUUUGCAGUGUCGAUCCCUGACAAAUACACAUUAAAGCCUGAUAUUGUAGAUUCUGCUAUAUCUGAAGCUUUAGAAAGAGCCAAUGCCAUGAAUAUAAUGGGCAAGCAAGUGACACCAUUUCUUCUGAACGAACUCAACAAUAUUACACGGGGUCAGUCUCUUGAAGCAAAUAUAGCUCUUAUAGAAAAUAAUGCCAAGAUCGCGGCUGAGAUUGCCGUGAAUCUCUGCGAAAAAUCUCGGACGUCUUGUGUAGAACUUGCACCGGUACGAUCGAUAAUAUCGAAGCAAAAACCGGUAGUGAUUGGCGGGGCGAUCUUGGACACUGUCGUGCAAGUAAAGGAAUCGAAAAUAAACUACGAUGGCAGAACACACGUUGGACAAAGCAGACGCAGUUGCGGUGGAGUUGCUCGAAACGUUGCCGAUGCUCUAAUCAAGCUUGGUUUGGAGAACACACGGCUGAUAUCCGUCGUUGGUAAUGACGAACAUGGAAAGGUCAUUCUUGAGAGUUUAGGAACCGGCGGCAAAACUGUAAAACGGAUGUCGGACGUCAAUACCGCGAGAUUCACGGUGAUAGUGGACAUCAAUGGUGAAUGUCAUUUUUGCGUCAGCGAAAUGGAAUCCUUCACCGCAAUCGCCCCGGAAUUGAUAAGAGAGUGUCAAUCGCAUCUCGAAGAAGCUAGUCUUAUCGUUCUCGACGGAAACCCUGGAUUGGAUACCAUGCGCUGCGUGCUCGACAUCGCGUCGCAGGCGAACGUCCCAGUCUGGUAUGAACCUACGGAUAUUCAAACGGCAGGAAAAAUAUUCGAAGCUGGAUCGCAAUGGAGAAAUGUAUUACAUUUCAUCUCACCCAAUAAGAACGAGUUGAAAGUCAUAAGCGAAUACUUUAAUAUUCCUGUUCCUGAACACAUGGAUCUAGUGGCUGUAAAAAGUAUAGCUGAACAAUUGCUUGAAUAUAUUCCAAUUGUUAUAACUACUUUAGGAUCGCAAGGAGUAUUGGUAACACGCAAAGCUUUGCAAGAUGAGCCCUUUUACAACAAAAAUGGAGAACUGAUUGCCAAUUCCUCAAUUGCAUCUCGAUUGUAUCCUGCUUUAGAUAGUAUAGAAAAGUGUAGUGAAAUUCUCAGUGUAAGCGGCUGUGGAGAUUGCCUUACGGCUGGAAUAAUUUAUGGAAUUCAUAAGAAUCUAGAUGAAACCAAUUGCAUUUCUAUAGCUUUAAAAGCUGCUGCACUUUCAUUAAGAUCUUUUGACACAGUUCCAAGGACACUUACAAUGCUCUCUAGUAGCAAAGAAUCUUAAUUGAUAACAUUUGUUUUUAUAAUCAUAAAUUCUUAAUUAAACUAUUACAAUACAUUAGCAUUUAAGGCUUUAAUCGUAUUUUUAUACUCGCUAUUAUGUAAGCAAGAUUUUACUAUAUUUUUAUACUCGCUACUAUGUGAAUAAGAUUCUAUUGCUACUAUAGUAUAAAUUGCUGUUUUAUAUUAAUUAGAUGCGCAACGAAUUAAACAUGAUAUUUGUAAAAUCAAUAUGGAUAUCUUUCUUCUUGACAUGUCAUCUGUCGACACGUUAUUAAAUACGUUUUUAUUAAUAGUCAUUAUUUGAUGAAGAUGAUUAAUAAUUAUUUUCUACAAUUAUAAAAAAUGUCCGAAUCAAAUUACAAAUGUAAAAUAAACACGCAAGGUAUGUAAAAUAAAACAUGCGACGCCGUA